AUGCCCUGCACGAUGCUGAAGGGGUUGUUGAGCCAGUCGGCCACGCACGGCAUGGCGGGGGCGAGCCUCGCCCAGGGAGGGGCGGGGGCCGCCGCCGCCGCGCCCUACCGCCGCCGCGCCCUGCCGCCUGCAAGCCCUGCACAGGGGCGCCCGGCUUCCGCCCUCUUCCUCCCCCUCCUCCUCGUCCUCGUCCUCCUCUCGCGGCGGCCGCGGCAAUGGCGGCGGCGCCGGGGCAGAGCAGGGCCGGGCCCGCCCCGCCCGCCUUCUCCUCCUCCCGCACCCGUGCGCGGGGCGGGGGCGGGCGCCGCCGCCGCCGCCAUGUUGGGAGCGGGCAGCGGCGAGGGCGGAAGGGGCCGGGCGGCUGCGGGGAAGAGACGUGGAAGCGGCGCGGCCAUGGCGGCGGCGAAGCCCGGCGCCGGCGGCACCAACCUGCUCUUCUCCUCCUCCGCCACCGAGUUCAACUUCACCGUGCCCUUCAUCCCGGUCAGCCAGGCCCCGGCCGCGCCGCCAGGCCCUGCUCUCCUUGCGGCGGAUGAUUCUGCAGAUGUUGGUGAAGAGGACAGCUUCUUGGGUCAGACUUCUGCUAGCCCUAGUCCACCACAGACUUUCAGCUAUUUCUCUCAAGUACCUAGCAGCAGUGAUCCAUUUGGAAGCAUUGGGCAGCCACCCUUAGCAGAUGUUGCACCACCUGUUGGAGCACCAGCCUUCUCCAAGCCUCCACAUUCUCUUCCUCUGGGGUUGGAAGAUGGGCAAAAUGCUUUUUCCCCUCAUAUUCCCAAGACACAGUCCUCUUACAGCGCACCACCUACUUCACAGGUGGGAAUCACUGCUUAUCAGACUCCUCAGCAGAGCUGCCCUCCACCUGCAAAUGUUUCUGCUCUUCCCCAUGGAACAUCUCAGCAGGGAUAUAACCCUUAUCGCCAUACCACCUUGAGUAGCAGAGCUAACCCGUACCUGACUCCACCACAGCUGCAGCAGAGUCAUCCUCCAGCCCAGUCUGUUCACCCACCACCAUCUAUACCACCAGUCCAGAUGUAUCAAGCACCUCCAAGUUCUUUGACACAGUUUCCACCAUCUCAGGCUUCCAGGCCCACAGGUCCACUGGUCCAGGCACCUCCUGUUUUGCUGCAGAACCAAUAUGAGCCCGUUCAGCCUCACUGGUUCUACUGUAAGGAGGUGGAAGACAAGCAGAUAUGGAUGCCAUUCAGUCUUCUAGAUUCUGUAAAACUAGAGGAAGUCUAUAACUCUGUCCAGCCUGAUCCUGAAAGUGUGGUUUUGAGCACUGAUGGGGGACGCUACGAUGUGUACCUAUACGACAGAAUGAGAAAGGCUGUUUAUUGGGAAGAAGAGCCUUCUGAAGUGAGACGAUGUAUGUGGUUUUAUAAGGGAGACAAGGAUAGCCGGUUUAUUCCUUACACUGAGGAUUUUAGUGAUAAGCUAGAGGCAGAAUAUAAAAGGGCUGUAACUACAAGUCAAUGGCAUCGGCGACUUGAAUUCCCAAAUGGGGAGACAAUUGUUAUGCAUAAUCCUAAGGUCAUCGUUCAGUUCCAGCCCUCUGCCUCACCAGAUGAAUGGGGCACCGCUCAAGAUGGGCAGGCAAGACCAAGGGUAGUAAAACGUGGAAUUGAUGACCAUGAUGAAAUUCCUGAUGGAGAAAUGUCUCAAAUUGACCAUUUAGUAUUUAUGGUUCAUGGCAUAGGUCCUGUGUGUGACUUGAGAUUUAGAAGCAUUGUUGAAUGUGUUGAUGAUUUCAGGACUGUCUCUCUGAAGUUGUUGCAGACUCACUUUAAGAAAUCUUUAGAGGAACAUAAAAUCAGCAGAGUGGAAUUCCUGCCAGUUCACUGGCAUAGUUCUCUGCAUGGUGAUGCAACAGGUGUAGACAGGAACAUUAAAAAAAUCACUUUGCCAAGCAUUGGACGUCUGCGCCACUUCACCAAUGAAACGCUCCUUGACAUACUGUUUUACAACAGCCCCACCUACUGUCAGACAAUUGUGGAUAAAGUAGGGCUGGAAAUGAAUCGUUUAUAUGCACUCUUCAUGAGUCGAAACCCAGACUUCAAAGGAGGAGUCUCUGUGGCUGGGCACAGUUUAGGUUCCUUAAUUCUAUUUGACAUAUUGUCAAAUCAGAAGGACUUGGCUUCAUCAGUAGAUACUGGAUCUUUCUCUGGUGUCAACGGGACUGUAAAAGAUGUGGCUGUUCAUGAUAAACAGGUGGCAGAAGAUACCAGUUCCUUGGGCUCCUCAAUUGCAACUUCCGGUGAUGACCUUUGUGAGCCUGAAGUAGAUGAUGAUGUUCCUACUUUGCAGAAGACUCUGGAAAUGCUUAGUUUGUCAGAGUAUAUCAGCACGUUUGAAAAGGAGCGAAUUGAUAUGGAAUGUCUGCUGAUGUGUACAGUUGAUGACUUGAAGGAAAUGGGGAUACCUCUUGGACCAAGAAAGAAAAUAGCUAAUUUUGUGAAAGAGAGAGCAGCCAAGCAGGAACAAAAGAAAUCAGCAGCCGAAAAGAAGGCAAUGCAGGUUGCUAUGCUCCAAACUCAAGAAGCUGCCCAGAAAGCAAAAGAGGCUAUUACUCCUGUCUCUCCUUCAGAGUCUGGUCGGCUGCCCUCAAAGAGGAAGCUUCCAGUUGGUGCCUCUGUUUCCUCAGUGAACAUUGACUAUGAAUAUUUUGAAGUUGGAACUGGUCAGGUUUCUGUGGUUUACAGUGCAUUAGACUUUGAACCAGAUAUUUUUUUUGCUCUGGGUUCUCCUAUUGGUGUAUUCCUUACUGUGCGAGGAAUAGAGAAGAUUGAUGAAAAAUACAGACUUCCUACCUGCAAGGGAUUCUUCAAUAUAUAUCAUCCACUUGAUCCAGUAGCUUACAGGUUAGAACCGAUGAUCAUUGAAGACAUGGAUUUAAAACCAGUUCUUAUUCCACAUCAUAAAGGCAGAAAAAGACUUCAUCUGGAGUUGAAAGACUCUCUCUCUCGUAUGGGAUCUGAUCUGAAACAGGGUUUUAUCAGCUCUUUGAAGAGUGCAUGGCAGACCCUUAAUGAAUUUGCACGUGCUCAUACUUCAACUCAGCUACAGGCAGAACUGGAGAAAGUAGCUAACCAAAUAAAAGAAGAAGAAGAAAAGCAAGUUGUGGAAGCUGAAAAGAUCACUGAAAGUCCAGACCCUCCAAAAGAUGAAAAUAUCUUAGUGAAGGUUGGAAUGCUAAAUGGAGGACGUCGUAUUGACUAUGUUCUACAAGAAAAACCAAUAGAAAGCUUCAAUGAAUACAUUUUUGCUUUACAGAGUCAUUUGUGCUACUGGGAAUCUGAAGACACUGCCUUGCUAUUUCUCAAAGAAAUAUACAGGACAAUGAAUAUCAAUCCUGAACAGCCACAGCAUUGAUGUAUAGAUAUACGAAUUUCCAAACCUGUUGCUCUGACAAACCUGGUCCUUAGCUACAGGGGAAGGGAUAAGAGUGGGACUCUUCUCCUGCCAGUCCAGAACUCAUUUGGAUUCUGCUGCCUUGUGUCACAUGAAGCAAAAUUAAAUUUUGAAAAGAUCAACACCAUCAUUCAAGGAACAAAUAGAAUGAUACGAUUUUGGUCUUAAAUCGGUUUAAUUGUACAGUUGCCAAAGAUAGUGAUCACUGAAGAAGUAUUUUUGGCAUGCAAAUAAUUUUCUCCUUUCUCCUAUCUUAGCUGAUUGUCAAAUGUGUUGCUAUCAAGGCAGCAUGUCCUUUAUUAAAAAGGACUUGUUGAGAAACAGCAAUAACCUGCUUUCCUUGAAACACCUGUUGAUCUAUCUUUUAAAAACAAAUGUGAACUGUAGUUAUAACCAGCUUAAAUACAAAUUACACGAAGCUGUUUAUUUACUAAAAGCUAGCAACCAGAAUCAUUUUCUUACUAUUGUAAGUGUCGUAUGGAGAUUUUAUAAAAGACCUUUUUAAGCCUC